CGGAACCUGUGUGCGGCGGCGCGAUCGAUAGACACUGCACCCUCCCCGCCCCGCCCUGCACCUGCCCGGGCAUCCGCAGCCCCAGUUGCCGUCCGACACGACAAAAAACAAAAGAAAUCCCACAAAAUACAUCCCGAAAACCAAGAAAACAGUGCUUUCGUCAAAUGUCAAUUCCGGAUUGCAUAUAAGUUCACUAGUUCAAGGUCACAACGGUCGUCGACCUCUAAGCUAAGAAACGUCUACCUCAGAACGUAGUUGUAACCGGCGUUUAUAGUACGCGUUGAGCCGUGGAUUUUAUUUUUAAUUAUUACGUGUAGUGGACAAGGUCGUUGGAUUUGUUGUGCACAAAUGUUGGAUUCACCAUUGCAAGCGCGCGCGUGCUCCGAGGCAGUCCACAACAAAGGCAAUCGCGGUGAUCGCCUUAGCGCGGUGAUUGACCAGUUCUGAUCAGCAUUCGGAUAGGGGCAGCGAUGGCGUCCAAGGUCCUCGUGCCGACUGCUCCAUUUGCGAAAUUGCAAUUGAAGAAGUCGACCCCCCCAGAGCAGCCGAGCAGCAGUACCAGUAAUGGCGGGAGCGGCUUCAUCAUCGGCGGCGACGCCGUGGCCCGGGUCGCGCACCUGGAGCACAGCGUCCGCUUCCUGCAGGAGCAGCACCGGCAGAUGCUCAGUGGACUCCACUCGGAGAUCGAGGCUUUGAGGGAGAGAAACAGAGAUUUGCAGUUUCAAUUGAUCUUCAACAAGGAAUCUUCACCGAAACCUGCAACUCCCGCGCAAGAAGAAUGCAGCGAAAGUACCGAGGAAGCGAAUUUGAAACGAGAAGUGACUCGCCUGGAGCGAGAGGCGGCGGCGGCUCGCAGCGAGGCGCGCGCGGCUGAAGCAAGAGCUCUGCAGCUGCAGCGGCUGCUGGAUGCGCAGACUGAAAAGAUGCGCGAGUUGGAGUCCCAGCAAUGCAGCACGUGCUUGUCCAGCGAGCGCGCGGCGGCCCUGUCCCCGGGCGCAGCAGAGACGCGCGCCGAGUUGCGCGCGCGGCUGUCGGACGCCGAGCGGCUGGUGCGCCGCCUGCGCGCCGACGCCGAGCGCCAGCGCAGAGAGGUACUCGCGGCGGCGGCGGGGGGCGCCGUCACUAACCUCUUGUUUGACGGCGCGGCCGCGCGACACGCACACUUGCAGUGUAUGAAGAAUUCACUGCACGCGAGCCUGCGCGCCAGCGGGCUCGACGGAUACGGAUAUCAAAGCAACUACCACUUCCCGCCCGUGCCCACGCCGGACUUUUGGCGCGAACCGCUGAGAGAGGACUUCAACGUGAUGGGGUCCCGGGGGCGCAGCACCAGGCGGCCGCUCACGCUGCCCGAGCUCUCGGGCCAGCAGAUCCACCGCUCCACCGUUUAUGGCAAUAAUCAUACACGGUCGCGAGCGAAUGGAUACGAGCACAAGAACAAAAAGGCGCACGCGCCGAACAGCGAGGCGAGUGAGAAUAAGAGUCCUGAAGAGCAACAGCCAGAAAUGCACCGUUUAAAAUGCACGAACGAAUUUGCGCAAUCGCCACGUAGAAUAUUGGACCCUUACGCUACGUACCCAGAGUUGAAAGUUGUGGUUACCAAACUCAUACCACAAGAGAAGGCCCAGAACACGACGACAGACGCGGCGCGACCGCGGGCGAGGCGCCAACACCACCGCAAGCACGCCCCGGACCACACAUAACUGGAGUCGUGCCCCCACGCUUUAGCGGGAGCCCCACCGGCCAUGCUGCUCUCUGAACUAACAGCGACGACCGUGACACAUGUGAUCGUACGUAAUCCACACAAUCAUCGUACGAGCACACUCAUGGUCGUUUGUAAUCAAACACUACCGUAUUUCUUUUGCUACGUACCUAAAUAUCAGUAACUUUCCGAUCGACGAUCAUGCAAAAUGGGCGAUUACAACCGAGUACACACGAUCGUGAUCUUGAGUUAUAGUCUGUCAUCGCAGAGCGUGUAAAGGUACCGAUGAUACUUAAUCUCCGUAGAAAUUUCAAUAAACACAAAUUAACCUGAUUUAAAAUUUUAACGUUUUGCCAUGACUUGGUCCUAAAGGUCCCAAUGACUUUACAAAUCAGAGAACAGCACGGCCGCCACCAAAGUGCCAGCUUAUGACCAAAUGCAAGAAAAAGUCAACAUGUCUUCGUUUAUUUCUUUACUAUUGUAGUUUCUACAUUUAUAUUGAAGCAUUUCAAAUUUGAACUUUAUUGAUUUUACGUCAAUCAUAACAUUUAUAAUGUACCUUUAGUCCUGUGAUAUAUUCUUUUACAUUUAUGAGAAUUUGUAUGUAUACAAAGUCGUAUUUAGCCGUUUGCUUGGUUUGCGUCUUAAUCAAAAAUAAUAUGUUCAAACUGUUUUGUGAUAUGAGUCGAAAAGGAAUAAGGAACGGUAUCAAAUAAGAUUAGUUAAACCUAGGAAUGAGUGAGGCAUUCAGCGUUAAAAGAGAAAAACUUGCCUAGGAGCGCUGCCGUGCCCCAUGACAAAAUAGUAGUGAGAUAUUCAUGCAAUAAAUAAUGAUAAUGUGAAUUCGGCAUUUAGAGAAUGAUAUGUUUGUGAAAAUUCAAUAAACUAUCCCCAAUUCGCGAAAAUAAACUGGAGGGCGUAAUCAAUAGUGCCUAUUUAGCGUCCAAAAUAAUUCGAGCUUUGACUGGAACUUACUAAGCUGUUUAACAGACAGGCUUCAAAUUAGACAGUAAUUUGAAGAUAUCUUGGUCUGUCUAUCAGCAGAAUUUGGCUGUACGAAUCAAAUCAUAUUUUCACAUCAAAUAAUGCUAAACUGUAAAAAAAACAAAGGUUACAUAAUGAAAUGGUGUUAGCUAAUGCUAUCGUAGAUGUAACGCCUUUUCAAGAGUCAUCCAGUCGAAGUUCUAGCUAUCCUGGUCGAGUACAGCUCAAUACAGUUAGAAAUUACUGUAAGAAGUAAGAAAAAGUGAGAUUACAUUAAAUUGUUUUACUGCCAUUAGUGUUAGGAGUCUGUGUAGGCGAUAUUGUUCGAAUUAAUUAGAUUGAGAUUUAUGCUAACUUUUUGUUUUUAACUUGCCGAUAGUUGUGCUGAUGGUGAACGCGAUAAAAUAAUCAAGAGUUGGCGCCUCUAUUUUAUCCACUAACGGUGGGCAGGACUUUACGCGCCAAGAGCAAAUAUGGUAGCCAUCAUGGUUUCGCAAUAUCGAAAUCUUUAAAACAAAAAGUAGUUGGUAGAAAUCUCGAUCUUAUUAAUUCAAACGUUAGUGACCACAAGAGUUUAAGGCGAACUAGUUGACCUGUAGUAUUUUCGUUCUUGAUAAUGGGAUAAAGGUAAUUUUAUUAGAGCUAUACGGCUACAGCCUAGCUCAUCAAAACGUUGAAGGGAUCAAUCCUUCGUAUGAUCGACGUGCCUGGUCAACAGCUUGUUUAUCAAUUAAACAUACCCUGGGGAUAUUUUGGGUGAAAGGUUGAGAGAUAAUCUCCUUAGUUCCAUAAAAAUAUAGAGGCUGUAUAUUUUUGAAAAUCCCAUAGCGCAGUGGUGUUGUCAUUAGCGCUAGGGGUCGAAAAUUGGGUCAAUUUAUAAAUACAAAUGUUUGCGAAACGGCUCUGAAUGGGUGUGUACGAUGACGCCCUCAACAAUCCAAUACCUAGAAAUCCAUGUAUUGUUCAUAGUGAGUGAUAAGUUUUCUGAUCCAUUAUACUGCACUUUGAGAUUUUAUAGGAACUUAAGCUUUAUGCUAGAGGGUAUUAGAUUAUUCCUGGCGAGUUUAGCGUGAAACUCAAUACGUUUUUCCAUAUCAUAAAAUUGUAUUUUAUUUCUGUAGACAUUGUUAGAAACUUUUGGAGCAAUUUGGUGAUUUGCAAUUGGAACAGCACAUUGUUCUGCUGAACAAGACAAGAGAACUGAUUAGAUUAAGUAUACAGCACUGAGGCAUUACAGUGUGGGAGGGGUGGAAAGCCUCAUGCAUUAUCUAUGGUCCUAUUACUUAGUUCUACUGGAAGUAUCACGGUCACGGGUCAUUUAGUUUUCCGUUGGAGCUACUAAACUGGAACUAUUGUUAGUCCCGUAGAACUACUGGACGGUUCUGCCACUUAGGACUGAGCAAUAAGGCCACAGGCAAUGAAAUAAAAGAUGUAAUCCAAGGCGCCUGAUUGGCCAAAGGUCACGUGACUAUGCCUCGCCCUCCCGCACCCUGCAUUAGUCACAUAAGAAACUAAUUUUAAUUAAUAAUAGAACAGCGUGAGGUCUUUUUUAGUAAUGUAAACUAAAGUUUCAUCUUUGCUUGAUGUAGCUUCACUUAACUUUAAAAUUUUGUAUGAAUUCAUUCAAACCCUUGUAUUGUGUGAAGUUACCAAAUUGCUUUGAUAGAUGGGGUUUACUAAAAUAGCUCUAAAUCUAAAAGUUCAGUCCAGUUUUUUCUUUAUGAAUGGAAGUGGACAACUAGUAACAGCUAAUAAAAUGUUCAAGAGUCUACCUUUUUUAGUCUCGGAUAGAUUCCAAGUACAUUUUAAGUUGUCUCCUUUUAUUCAAAAGGAAAAAUAGGUUGUGCCGUAUUUUUAGUUUUAGAAAUAGUUUUAGCCUUAGUCAACAACUUUUUAGUUUGCCGAAUGGAUAUCGUUAAAGUAACGGACCACUACUAGAGGGCGUCUGCAAUAAUGUAAGUUCCAUCUAUAGCACGAUUAUAUCUAUGGUCCGUGAGCACGUAGAAUUUUGUCCAAUGACCCCAAGCUACCCAUCCUUAUCGCUCGCGCGUAAUUAUGUUGCUGUCGCGCUCGCACACUCACUGCGGGCGCCCGUCGCACAGUCGCGACAGCAAUAUAAUUACGCACGAGCGAUAAGGAUGGGUAGCUAGGGGUCAUUCGACAAAAUUCUAUGUGCUCACAGACUAGACUAUAGUGGGGGUAGGCUUUAAGCUACAUUUGUGAGUGAUGUCAACUUUUAAAACGCUAUAUUGUAGCCUUAUCCAUAUUAAUGAUUAAUCUAAAUACUAUUAUUAUUAAAAUAUUAUAAUUAUUGAUAUAAUAAAAUAUUUAUUGCGACAGUUAAAUGUUUUAUUUUGACUAGUUUCAACAACACUACUCUAUUACAUGUUUGUUCUUAUGAAUAUUGUGGUAUAUUGAAUAAACUA